AUGAGCCUCGAAAUGUCGACCUGCCCGGCGAACUACACCGUAACGCAGACAACCGCCAGCACCAUAAACAGCAAGCCGGCAUCGAUCUACCUCCCAGACUAUGGUGUGCCGUGGCCAACCGCCAGGUCCGAAGACAACAUGUCGGCGUUCACCUGGCCCGAAAUCACCGGCGAACCGCAGGCAACCAAGAAGACCAAAGACUCCUUUCUGACGGUGACCUUUCCUCCAGACUACGCUGUACCCAAGACCGAAUGCAGAAGCUCAUUGCCGCCGUGGCGGAAUUGGCGCAAUGGUGGCUUCCCCUUCUCAUGGCCUACCGCCGCAGAAAUUCAGUACAGUCACGAGAUGUUUGUCCGUCUUUGGGCGGUGCUUUUCUGGGUCCUAGCUGCGCGUAGCAUCAACCACAAUUUCAUCUACUGGCAAUACGUAGAGCCGAGGAAAGCUCAAAUUGUCGCGCAGACACGUGUCUGGCAGCACCGACUUCACCUACCUCUGCUCAUACCAAACACUGGGCCGGGUAUCUCAGAUCACGCAUUCAACAGCAUGCAACUAUACUUGUGGCAACUCUUGUGUGUGUACAUAAUCCACACGUACUUCUAG